CACGCUAGACCUAUCCCUAAAACAGCCAAGGUCAUAGUGACGCACGCUAGACCUAUCCCUAAAACAGCCAAGGUCAUAGUGACACACGCUAGACCUAUCCCUAAAACAGCCAAGGUCAUAGUGACACACGCUAGACCUAUCCCUAAAACAGCCAAGGUCAUAGUGACUCACACAUCCUUUAAUGUACAAAGUUUUUAUUCCCUCUAUAUUUAUUUAAAUUUAAUGGAAUUUUUUAUUUAUUUAACCAUCUCUUUUAUUCGUGCCUUUCAUAAAAUAAUAUCAUGUAUGGGAAUUAACUGGAAAUAG